GGCGGCCGUCGCCCGCCCCGCCAGGGGGAGCGUCUGCGCCCGACGGCGGCAGCGGGGCCUGGGCGGGCGGCGCAGGGCGGUGGCUUGGCUCCGCGGCUGCCCUCCCGCGUCCCCACCCCCUCCCCGCCCGCCCCCGGCGCGGCCCUACCCGCCCCCUCCGCCCCCUCCCGCGGCGCCAUGCGCAGACUCAGUUCCUGGAGAAAGAUGGCGACAGCCGAGAAGCAGAAACACGACGGGCGGGUGAAGAUCGGUCACUACAUUCUGGGGGACACGCUGGGGGUCGGCACCUUCGGCAAAGUGAAGGUUGGCAAACAUGAAUUAACUGGGCAUAAAGUGGCUGUGAAGAUACUCAAUCGACAGAAGAUUCGGAGCCUUGAUGUGGUGGGAAAAAUCCGCAGAGAAAUUCAGAACCUCAAGCUUUUCAGGCACCCUCAUAUAAUUAAACUGUACCAGGUCAUCAGUACACCAUCUGAUAUUUUCAUGGUGAUGGAAUAUGUCUCAGGAGGAGAGCUAUUUGAUUAUAUCUGUAAGAAUGGAAGGAAACCUGAUGUACCUGGAGUAGUAAGAACAGGCUCCAUGAAGGAGCUGGAUGAAAAAGAAAGUCGACGUCUGUUCCAACAGAUUCUUUCUGGUGUGGAUUAUUGUCACAGGCAUAUGGUGGUCCAUAGAGAUUUGAAACCUGAAAAUGUCCUGCUUGAUGCACACAUGAAUGCAAAGAUAGCUGAUUUUGGUCUUUCAAACAUGAUGUCAGAUGGUGAAUUUUUAAGAACAAGUUGUGGCUCACCCAACUAUGCUGCACCAGAAGUAAUUUCAGGAAGAUUGUAUGCAGGCCCAGAGGUAGAUAUAUGGAGCAGUGGGGUUAUUCUCUAUGCUUUAUUAUGUGGAACGCUUCCUUUUGAUGAUGACCAUGUGCCAACUCUUUUUAAGAAGAUAUGUGAUGGGAUCUUCUAUACCCCGCAAUAUUUAAAUCCUUCUGUGAUUAGCCUUUUGAAACAUAUGCUGCAGGUAGAUCCCAUGAAGAGGGCCACAAUCAAAGAUAUCAGGGAACAUGAAUGGUUUAAACAGGACCUUCCAAAAUAUCUCUUUCCUGAGGAUCCAUCAUAUAGUUCAACCAUGAUUGAUGAUGAAGCCUUAAAAGAAGUAUGUGAAAAGUUUGAGUGCUCAGAAGAGGAGGUUCUCAGCUGUCUUUAUAACAGAAAUCACCAGGACCCUUUGGCAGUUGCUUACCAUCUCAUAAUAGAUAAUAGGAGAAUAAUGAAUGAAGCCAAAGAUUUCUAUUUGGCGACAAGCCCACCUGAUUCUUUUCUUGAUGAUCACCACCUGACUCGUCCCCAUCCUGAAAGAGUACCAUUCUUGGUUGCUGAAACACCAAGGGCACGCCAUACCCUUGAUGAAUUAAAUCCACAGAAAUCCAAACACCAAGGUGUAAGGAAAGCAAAAUGGCAUUUAGGAAUUAGAAGUCAAAGUCGACCAAAUGAUAUUAUGGCAGAAGUCUGUAGAGCAAUUAAACAAUUGGAUUAUGAAUGGAAGGUUGUAAACCCCUAUUAUUUGCGUGUACGAAGGAAGAAUCCUGUGACAAGCACUUACUCCAAAAUGAGUCUACAGUUAUACCAAGUGGAUAGUAGAACUUACCUACUGGAUUUCCGUAGUAUUGAUGAUGAAAUUACAGAAGCCAAAUCAGGGACUGCUACUCCACAGAGAUCGGGAUCAGUUAGCAACUAUCGAUCUUGCCAAAGGAGUGAUUCAGAUGCUGAGGCUCAAGGAAAAUCCUCAGAAGUUUCUCUUACCUCAUCUGUGACCUCACUUGACUCUUCUCCUGUUGACCUAACUCCGAGACCUGGAAGUCAUACAAUAGAAUUUUUUGAGAUGUGUGCAAAUCUAAUUAAAAUUCUUGCACAAUAAACUUAAAACUUUGCUUAUUUCUUUGGUAGCAAUAAGCAUGCAUAAUAAGUUGUAGCCAAGUGCUUCCAUUUGUAAUCAAGUUAUACAUAAUUAUAAGUGAGGACUGGCAUUUUGGAAUGUAAUUUGCACAGAGAUUGGAACAUGAUUAAUAGUUAAAAGCCUAAUAUGCAGAAAUUAAUUAAGAUCAUUUUGUUGUUCAUUGUGCAGUAUGUAUAUAGCAUAAUAUAUAGGUCUCUCAGGCUCAUUUGAUUUUUGGCUAUUUUAUAUUUAGUGUACACAGGGCUUUGAAAUUAUUAAUUUACAUAAAGCCUUCAUAUAUUAUUACAUGUUAUAUAUUUGCUUCAUAAAUUUAUUCAAUAAAUAUUUGCCUAGAAUUCUCAGAGACCUUUAUAGGUGAUUUUGUUUUCUGGGCUCUUUAACUACUUAAAUAGCUGGUAUCUUCCAGCAUUAGUAACAACCUGGAUAACUUCUUCCAUAGCCCUCCUCCUUUUUUUUGAGAUGGAGUCUCACUCUGUCACCCAGGCUGGAGUGCAAUGGCAUGGUCUCGGCUCAUUGCAACCUCCACCUUCCGGAUUCAAGUGAUUUUCCCGUCUCAGCCUCCUGAGUAGCUGGGACUACAGGCGUGUGCCACCACACCUGGCUAAUUUUUUGUAUUUUUGGUAGAGAGGGUGUUUUACUGUGUUGGCCAGGCUGGUCUCAAACUCCUGGCCUUGUGAUCUACCCACUUCAGCCUCCCAAAGUGCUGGGAUUAUAGGUGCAAGCCACCACACCCAGCCUCCAUAUCCCCUUUUAAAAUUCCGUAAUGUAUGGUAAGUCAUAUCAGAUAUCAAACCUAAUUUAAAUUUUAUUUUAGCUUUACAAGUCCAAAAACAGAAUUUAUAUAUUCAGAUACUUUAGCACUAAUUUUAAUCUUAAAAAUUUCCCACUAUAUUCUGUACACAGAAUGUUCUUUUUGUUACAAGAGCUGAGUUGCAUAUACUGUAAAUAAAUAAAUUAUUUUUGCCAAUUUCUUAAAUUCCUCUGGCUCAUCAUGUCAGUAUUGGGUAUAUGCAAACAGCGCUAGUUAUUUGAUCAUGUAUCCUUGAAAUUGAUUCAGUGCAUAGAAAGACUAUCUCUUAAAAUCUUUAAGUGUUUGGCUAUGACUCGCCCCCCAAAUUUUAUUAUGAACAUUUUUAAAAACAGAAAAAUUGAAAAACUAGGGUAAGCACAUGUAUGUCUACCGUUAAGAAUCAGCAGUUGUUAAUGUUUUGUAAUUUGAUUCUCUAUACCUAUAUACGUAUAAUGAUACAACUAGUUAUGCAUAUAUAUGCAUACAUGUAUGUAUGUAUGUAUAUAUGCUUUUUUUCCCCCUGAACCAUUUGGAUGUUACAGACAUACUUAUCACCAUGAAAAUACUUCAAGCAUCUCCUAAAGAUAAUGAUAUUCUCCUAAAAAAAACCAUAAUAGUACUGUGAAAUUAAUAAUUCUCCAAUAUCAUCUAAUCAAGCCAUAUUUAAAUGUCUGAAGUUAUCCUCCAAAGUUCUUUGUAGCUGAUUAUUUCAAACCAGGAUCCAAUUAAAGUUUACAUAUGACAUUUGGUUAUAACUCUUUAGUUGGAUAUGACAUUAUUAUUAUUUUGAUAAAAUGUGGAGCAAAUCAAUUCUAUUGAUAAACAGUCACAUUUGUUUUGGACUUUUUAAAAAAUAAGCAUUAUGGGAACUGUGUAAAGAUAUUUGAUUUUCCUAAGGUCUCUGAUUUACACUGAUAUUUUCUUUUUCUCAUUCUUAGUAAUAGCAUCACACAAUAGAUGUAAAUGAAGAUUUAGUCAACUGAGAUACAAUUGGUAUCAUGUGUAUGCUAAUAAAUUAAUAUUAUAUCACUCAUAUUUGCCUUAUGCUAACUUUAAGAAAUUGAUUUUUUUUUGUAUUAAUCAUUUUCCCAUUGCAACAGAGCUAUAUUUUUUCUAUUUUAGGAAUCAUAUUUUAGGAUGAUUUUUGGCAAGUACAGUAAGGACCUGUGUAACCAGAUGAUGAUGAACUCAUGUGUCAUGAUAGCUUGCUUAAAUGGUGACUCUAGUAGAUUUGACUCAAGCACUUGUAGAAUCAUGCACUGAAUUCAGAAGAAAAAUCUUGCUGCUUUUUGUCUAGGGCUUGUUCUAUUCAACUUCUAAUUUGAAAGCUGUACAAAGUAAUAGAAGUUCCAUUUAAAUAUGAGUUCAAAAGUGUAUUUAUAACUUGUAUGUGGCCCUCUCUUUAGGAGAUUCUAAUUUUAUUUAGGGUCUCUAAAUGCAGCAAAUGUUCCUGAUGUUAACAGAAGACUGUAUUUUUAAAGUUUCAAAUUUGUAUAUAGAAUUAAGUAAUGGUUCUAUAUAAGCUGUUGUGGGGAGAGGGGACGAAAAGAAGGAACCAAUUAAAUAGGACUUUCUAAAAAUUGUUAAUUUUGUAAACUUUGCCUGUAAGUUAUUGUGAUUCCUUUUAGUUACUGUGUUUUAUUUUGAAAAUAUUUAAAUAUUGCACUCGUAUAAAUAGUAUGAUAAAUGCACAGACAAUUGCAGUAAAUUCUUUUUAAGCUAGGGUAUUUGAAAUGACAACCUUUGGUUAAGUGUGUCAAGAUUGCAACAGAAUUUUCACAAAAUUUUGUCGUUUGCAAAUUCUUACUAAUAUUGAAGUGGUAAGGGAGUCAAUGCAAAUGAUUUUUAAUCUUUUUUAAAUUAUCUUUUCAGCAAUUUAUAUUUUUUGUGACUUUAUGCAACCAUAUUUUUACUUUGUCUUGACAACUGAAAGAUGUAUAAGGUUUUUUUUUUUUUUUUUUUGCCAGAAAUGUACUGUAUACAUAGUUUUAAAUAUAACAGAUUUUACUGAUAUGUAAAAAUUUUGCCAUUAAAAUAAUUGAUUUCUCACUGAGAAGAACUUUUCUACCAGGAUGGGGCAUAUGGGAGCUUAAUAUAUCACAUCUAAUUUAAAAUAAUUUUACUGAAAUAAACUCCAUUGCUUUUACUUUAUUUUUUUUCUUGAGAUGCUUUUGUAGUUUUUCAGAGUUUUAGAUUAUUUUAUACAAAAUCCUUCUCUUCUCUGCCCAGCACUGCUCUUUUUGAUGUUGUAGUGACACCAUUCACAUUGAAUUAAUGCUUGGUAGCCUGUGGCUAGAUGUAGAACUCCAUGCAUCUACGUUCUGACUGGCACCUUUAGAACUUUAGAAUGAAAGAAAAGUGUGUGUUGUCCAAAUCUUUUUUUCCCUUAAUUCCUUCCCCUGUCUUCCCACCCAUAAUAGAAAUUUUAUUUCCAUUGUGAGUUCUGACAAGAAUGAAAUUCCACAUACAACUUAACUGUAAUUUGUUGGUAGGUAGAAGUUAAUAUUUGUGGUUCAUGUAUAUUUUGACCAAAGUAUAUUUAAGUAUACAAUUUCAAUUUCUUGAUUUAGAAAUAUGAUAUAAUAAAGAAAAACUUCAUUUAUCAUCUUUUACAAUGUACUUACAUGUUUUGAACCUCUGGAAAAACUCUGGAAAAAAAAAAGGCUAAGUAUCUGUG